GUACAAAAUUAUCGUUCGAAGUUUUACAACUCUUUCUUCUCUUUCUUUUUAUUGUCCUUAAUUCUAAUGAAUCUCGGAGACGUUGACACAAUUACGUUGCUGUCAAGAAAGCCGUUGAGUGUACCUAAUCACAUCCUCCAGUGCUUGAAACAAUGAUCCAGUUCGUCAGUAGAAGUGAUUCAUCCCAAUGAGCACAAAGAAGACACUGGACUACUGUCAUAUGACGUUUCAGGAAUGGACUAAAAUUGAAAAAUGUUGCCAGAAGGUGAAACUAGUAUCAGUGAGAUGGUAGAGGGUACGGAUAAUCAGCCAACAGGCGAUACUGCACACUCUGGCCCUGGUGAGCAGAGAGGUGGACACAAUGAGACAACUCAUGACAGUGGAGUGGACAUGUCUGGAGCUAUUCAGGAUCCUCUGACAAUUCAUGGAUCUAUGCAGGGAGAGAUGAGCGAUGUGACGAGCAUUUACACUGCCAGUACCUCAGUAUCUGGAUAUGAGACAAGUUCCAGUCGUGUGAGUGCAGUAACAGUGGUUUUACCCUGGGGAGCCCAAAAGGAGACAGUGAAACCUCAACAGAUAGAAGACAUGGAUCUCAGACCCGGUGAAUUUGUCAUGCGAACUCUUUUCGCUGACUUUGCUGGUCAGGCAGAAAGGAAAAUCGAAGCAGUGAUGACAGAGACGGAGAAACCACUGUCAAAAGUCCUCCAGAGAGGUGAAGACGCCCAGUUUGACCAAUUGUUAUCAGCGUUCGGAACUGUGGCUGAGCACUGUCUCCCCUCGAUACUUCGUUCACUCUUCAGAUGGUACGAGAGGCAGUUAGUGGAUCAGGGGAGUGACCAGAAAAAGCCAGCCCCUGGAAAGGAUGAUCAAAAAGGCAAGAGUAUCAUGUACACUAUUGUCUCAUCAAACGUUGAAGUCCCGGAGAGAAGUGAAGCUGAUUUACUCCAAGAACGUCGUGAUCUAGCUGUUGAAUUUAUUUUCUGUCUGAUGUUGAUAGAAGUUUUACGACAAUUACCAUUUCAUCCUGGUCAUGAGGAUCUUGUCACAGAAAUUGAAAAUAUUGCAUUCAAGCACUUCAAGUACAGAGAGGGCAUUCAGAAUGAGCCUAAUGCUGUGAAUAUCCACAUAAUUGCUGAUCUCUUUGCUGAGGUCAUUGGAGUAUUGGCUCAAUCGCGAUUCAUGGCUGUGAGAAAACGAUUCAUGGCGGAUUUAAAAGACCUGAGGGCGAAGGAGCCGGGCACUCACACAACCCAGAGCAUAAUUUCCCUUCUCAUGGGGAUGAAAUUCUUCAGAGUAAAGAUGGUGCCCAUCGAGGAGUUUGAAGCAUCCUUUCAAUUUAUGCAAGAAUGUGCUCAGUAUUUUUUGGAAGUCAAAGACAAAGACGUGAAGCAUGCACUCGCUGGACUGUUUGUGGAGAUAUUAGUACCUGUUGCAGCUGCAGUGAAAAAUGAAGUGAAUGUUCCUUGUUUGAAAAAUUUUGUUGAAAUGCUUUAUUCAAAUACUUUAGACAUGUGCACUAAAUCAAAACACAGAUUAGCUCUAUUUCCACUAGUGACGUGCCUGCUCUGCGUCAGCCAGAAGACAUUUUUCCUAGCAAAUUGGCAUUACUUCCUAGCCAUGUGUCUUUCUCACCUCAAAACUCGAGAUACAAAAAUGAGUCGAGUUGCCCUGGAAGCAUUGUAUCGAUUGUUAUGGGUAUACAUGAUCAGGAUUAAAUGCGAGAGUAAUUCAGCGACUCAGAGUCGCCUCCAGAGUAUCGUAAACUCUCUAUUCCCGAAGGGGUCCAAAGCAGUGAUGCCUAGAGACACUCCACUCAACAUUUUUGUCAAGAUUAUUCAAUUCAUAGCCCAGGAGAGACUGGAUUUUGCUAUGAGGGAAAUAGUAUUCGAUUUGUUAUCCGUUGGAAGACCAGUGAAGGUUAUUCUAACUCCAGAACGAAUGAGCAUCGGUCUCAGGGCAUUUUUGGUUGUUGCUGAUAGUCUCCAGCAGAAGGAGGGAGAGCCGCCAAUGCCAAGGACCAUGGGAGUCCUUCCCAGUGGCAACACGAUGCGAGUAAAAAAGACUUUCCUUAAUAAAAUGUUGACUGAAGACACUGCAAGGAGCAUUGGAAUGUCCUCGUAUUUUCCUCACGUUCGACGGGUCUUUGUGGACAUUCUCAGAGCUCUGGAUGUUCACUACGGUCGCCCUUUGAUGAUGACCAGCACCCAGAAUAUGAACAAAGAGCCUGAUGAAAUGAUAACAGGAGAGAGAAAACCCAGAAUUGAUUUAUUCAGGACUUGUGUGGCUGCUGUGCCUCGACUUAUCCCCGAUGGAAUGACUGGAGCUGAACUUGUUGAUCUUCUUGGCAGAUUGACGGUUCACAUGGACGAGGAGUUACGAGGACUGGCCUAUCAAAGCUUACAGACACUAGUCCUAGAUUUUCCAGAUUGGAGACAAGAUGUUGUUUUGGGUUUUACUCAGUUUUUGGCUAGAGAUGUGCAGGACACUUUCCCUCAGCUUGUUGACAAUGGUCUGAGAAUGUUACUGCAGUUAUUGACCUCUUGGAAAAAUGCACUGAUCAGUCCUAGUCCCAGGGCGAAGGAACAAAGUGAGAGCAACAGAAUUCAUCCGAGAGUUGAGGCUACAGUGAAAAAGGCAGAUCCAACGCAAAAGGUCGAGCAGGCUUCGAGUGUUUUUCAUUUCGUUGAAGGAUUUGCUCUCGUAAUGUUGUGUAAUUGUCGAUUGUACCCUCGACGACUUGCUGUGCAUAUACUUAGGGAGGUUAAGGUGUUAUUGAAGGCACUGGGGGGACUGGAGACUGAUCAGCCGGUUAUUGAUGCCAUUGAUGCCUGCUGCCCCGUAGUCUUGGAGAAGUGCUAUCAUAUGCUGCCACCUGCUGAAAAGGCAGCUGCUGCCUCUACUUCGAAUGUGGAUCUCCAGUGGAUUGCUGAGAGGAGCAGCUGUGUCUGGACUGCUGGGUUCCAUGAUGAAAACAGCACAAAGAGCUCCUCGCUGUUGAAUCUGAAUGGUGCUGAUCCUUGGAGCACUUGUCUAUUCGCAUUCCUGGAGAGGGACAGGGUGUUGACACUGUGCCCAAAUGCAACUGCCCACUCAUGGCCCAUUGUCUCUACGAGAAUCAACUCGUUGUUCUCUGUUGUUGAUCCAACCCCUGCUAAUGACAACAGGGCUUCCCUGUUACGAAGUUCCACAGCCGUGAGGAAACCAAUGAAUGAAAGAGAUGUUUACAUGCACAUCUGGAAGAACUACUUGACCUUCGGUUAUCGCGUCGUCCCACCCAUCCCCAGCCCAAUAAUUCGCUGCGCCAGCCCAGACCUCAGCCUCAGUGGUCAGCAUACGGUGGAGUUUGGUGUAUUAUGCAUGAGUAAGGAGUUGAGUCAGAGCCUGGAGAAUCUCGGUGGGGCCCAGACCCUGCCGGGACGUUUCUCCGUACCGUCCAUAUCCGGCAUCUACACCAGGCAUAAGCGGACCAGCUCAUCCCCGGACAGUCUCUCAGCAGAAAGAGGAGAUAACAAGUCCCCAGGAACGAAUGCGAACCCUUCGGCAUUUUACAAACUCACAGUGCCUUUGUUAAGGUGCGAGGCAGUGGAUGUACGAGAUGCUGUUGUCCAGGCUAUUGGAAAAGUUAACGCAGAUGCUUUGAAAGAUUUGAUGGAAGAACUUGUCCCUUAUAUUCGCGAAGCUGUUGAUCGAAAACAGGAGAACAUGCGACGUCGAAGACGAAGGGAUGCUCUGCGACUUCACCUUGUUCGUGUACUAGAACUUGUAGCUGAAUAUGGAACUUUUGGAAUUUGCCCUGCGGUGUUAGACCGAGAAACUCAAUCCUUGCACCCCACAUUCGUUGAGUACAUAGACGGUGCCAGGCUUUACCUAGAGAAUGAAACAGACAAAGAGGCACCAGCUGUGCGUGACAUCAAGUUACACUUCUGCAACUUCAUCAGAAAGAUGAUUAAAAGUUUCUCACUUGAUACAUGCCACUCAUUGCUAAAACGUGAUCUACGGAGGAAUUUGUUCACUCUAUUUGCUACAUGGGCCGGUCCCUAUGGGAAACCUUUAACCAAUAGUUCGACAUCACUUGAUGAAGAAAAAACGUGCUCAGAGCUUCAACUAUCUGCCUUACAGGCAAUGAGUGGAUUACUUUGCUGUGGACCGUGUUUCAAUCCACAGCUAUUGUCUGAGGAGGGUGCUAUUCUCUAUCAAUGGCUGGACUUACUUCUCUCCAGUAGAGAUGAAAAGAUUUAUGCUCUGGCUCGCGAAACAAUGGUUUUAUUGCUGGAGGGCAAUCCCGACAUCGGAACUCUCCUCGACUGGGUCGUGGAUCGUUGCUACACGGGCCUGCCGCAAGUCGCCGACGGCUGUUUUCUCGCCCUCGCCACCAUCUUCAGCGCCAGAGAAUAUCCAUGUGAUCAUUACACGAGUGUGAUCAACGUCAGUCUGAUGAACACUGGUUGUCCACGUGCACCAGUUCAGGACGCUGCUAUUCAGCUUCUCCAGCUGUUGGAUCAGAGAUUCUUUGGAAAUGUGCGACCGUUGCCAGGGGCUGAGCUCGACAGUGGGCCUGAAGAACUGACUUGUACAUUUGCAACGACAGCUGCAGGUGUCGGGAUGACAAAUGGCCCAGGGUCAAACUCAUCGGUCAAACCCGGAACCCUUGAUGCUCUUCUGACAAAUGCUUACUGCCGUAAUCAGAUGUAUCUUUCGAGGCAGCUUGCUCAGCUUCAUCCAGAGCUCACAAUGCCUAUGUUCAGUGAGAUAACUCACAAAUUUCAAACAGCGAGACGUGAGGUCCGACAAUUGUUACUUCAGUAUCUACUACCAUGGCUUCAUAAUAUGGAACUAGUGGAUCCUAACGUACCACCACCAGCCAAUCCAUCAAGUUACUAUCAGUAUUAUACCUCUGAUGUUACACGUGGAGGAGCUCGACGAGAAGGCUGGGGUAGUGCGGAAGCAACAGAAAUGGUUCUCAACAAUCUCUUUUAUAUAACGGCAAAGUUUUCGGACGAACAUCCGAAGGAAGUUGAGGAGCUGUGGGCAACUUUGUGUGGCUGUUGGCCGAACAAUCUCAAAGUAAUAAUCCGUUAUUUAAUAAUCGUAUCAGGGAUGGCGCCGCAAGAACUUCUCCCCUAUGCCAAACGAGUCGUUCUUUUUCUGGCUCGUUCCAGACCGGAUAGACUAGUAGAUGAAAUGAUGACGGAACUCCAAACUGUUGAGACAUUGAAUUGUUUAAUUGAAAGAACUGAAACUCCCCCCUUCUAUCGUCUCACAAGUAUGCGAAAAGCAUCGUCUCACAGUGAUGCACCAGCAGCAGAUCCUGGAAAUCCUUCUCGAGAUCUUGCAGUCGAGAAGGGUACGAUUCACACUAAACGACACUCCGGAGAGGAUCCAGUGAAGACUGGGUCCAAGUCAGAUACAGCCCUGAGGGCCCUGGCAGGCUUUCAAACAUCGAAACCCGAGAAAGCUCGGACCACCAGUGGCCCCCCAGUCCUUCCAGACGACCUCUCAACCCCAACCACCGAAGUAGAACUCACCGAGGAAAUUUAUUCUCGAAAUGUCGUCACAGUAUCAGCUAAAAUUGGUCUGAAUGAGAAAUUCGAUAUUCCUCAGCCCCAUCCAUUACCAAUGCCCGAGUACGGAGGCUACUUUGCACCCCUGACAGAAUAUCUACCCGAUGCGUCACAACCAAUUAGUGGUUUUCACCGUUGCAACAUUGCAGUUAUGCUCUUAACGGACAUCGUAGUUGAUGGAAUUCAAAUAGACUGGUCCAUCCAUGUGCCUUUGAUGCUACACAUAGUCUUCCUUGGACUCGAUCAUUCACGUCCUCUUGUACGAGAUCACUGUCGUUUACUUUUAUUGAAUCUUCUCGUGGUACUUGGUGAUCACCGAGACCACCUGGGUGUUGCUAGAGUUCUCUUAGCAUCACGAACUGAGCAAUUGGGUUUGGGCUUGACAACUCCAAAUUUACAUGUGCUUGAGCACAAUUUCACAGAAGUUGAUCCUGAGUUUGAUAGCUAUUUAUACGGUCCACCUCCACCAACAGCCACUCCACCCAGAACCAAUUCACCUCCACUUAUAUGUUGUGUACCUGAGCCACCCUGUCCACCACCUCCUCCACCUCCCAUGCCACCACCACCACCUCCUCCAUUACCAUCUGAGGAGAGUUGCAGUGCGAAAAAUCCAUCGCCUGUGCAAACUUCGUUAGAAUCCUCACCUUCUCACUCGCCUAUUCCUUCCAAUAGUCUCACUCCACCGAAUGUUGUGGCAACAGAGAAUAAACAGGAGUUCGACAGCACACUGAGACCCUGGCAAAGUCCUGCUGGGCCACCUGUUAUCGUCACACCCGAAGACACUGUUGUCUGGAAUGGACCACAACCUGGGCCCAAUAUGGCUAUUCAGGAUGUAAUUAAAUCAUUGAUCAAUUUUUUGGCAUCGAGAACUGUUCAACCGCUGUGGAAUUACGAGGACAUGACUGCUAAGACGUGGUGGGUACGGAGUGCUGAGCAGUUGACCGUUUUAUUGAGACAUGUUCUAAGGGUCUUCAGAGACUCUCUGCCUCAUGCCCAUGUUAGUCAACGCUGGGCAGAGACUGCCUUGCAACUGGGAUUAUCUUGUUCAUCACGACACUACGCUGGCAGAUCCCUCCAAGUAUUCAGAGCCCUCAGGGUACCAAUUACAUCAAGAAUGCUGUCUGAUAUUCUCUCAAGAUUAGUGGAAACAGUUGCUGAACAGGGGGAGGACAUGCAGGGCUACGUGACUGAGCUCCUUUUAACUCUGGAAGCAGCAGUGGACUCCCUAGAGUCCGACUUUCGGCCUCUGGAUUUCAUGAAGGAAAUAUUCAAGUCAACACCGAAUUUAAAUAAUAAAGAUCCUGCCUCUGGAAUGAUCCUUGGAAAGAGGAACAUGGGAAUGGGAUAUCCAGCUGGCCCCCACAUGUUCAAUCACCUCAAUCAAGUGGGACACGCCAGAAGCACAAGUUACUCCGUGAGUUACUGUAUGCGAAAGUGCGGAGGAUCGACAAAUCCUGAUUCAAAAGAGGACUCAAGGGUCUGCAAUAAAUAUCCCAUUUCAAACCUCUCACGAUCUCGAUCUGCACAAUCCCUGAAAUUACUGGGGGAUUCGGCAACUCAAGACGACAAAAUGACAAUUCUGGCUCAGUUAUUUUGGCUGUCAGUGUCUCUACUGGAAUCCGAUUACGAGCAUGAAUUUCUAUUGGCAUUGAGACUACUCGGUCGAGUGCUCCAUCGAUUGCCACUCGAUCGUCCAGACGCUAGGGACAAAGUGGAAAAACUGCAACAGCAAUUGGGGUGGAACUCGUUCCCCGGCGUCCAUGCAUUAUUACUGAAAGGCUGCACUAGUCCAAAUACUUAUGAACCCGUUGUAACUCUAUUGUCCCAAUUUACUCCACUCCUGGAUCUCCCCUUCGUCGACCCCACACAGAGUCUGGCAUUUCCAAUGAACGUGAUCUCCUUGUUGCCGUACAUGCUAUUGAAUUAUGAAGAUGCUAACGAGCUUUGUAUCAGGAGUGCUGAGAAUAUUGCUCAGGUAUCUGCUGAGAAGGGAAAGAAGUUGGAUCAUUUGGGAACUGUGAUGACGUUGUACAGUCGGAGGACAUUCAGUAAGGAAAGUUUUCAGUGGACGAAGUGUGUUGUUAAGUAUCUUUAUGAUACUUAUGCUCAUUUGAGCUUCAAUAUGCUGGCAUUCUUGGUGGAGGUCCUGGAGAAGGGCCCUUCUACCAUCGCCCUACCUGUCCUCAGUAUUAUUCAUUGUCUUCUGCAUUAUGUGGACCUCGCGUCGAGAGCUGCCCAGCCUAUUAAUACCGAACUGUUGAGGGUCAUUUCGAAGUACGUUGAGGGUCCUUAUUGGAAGGAGGCAUUGAAGAUUCUAAAGCUAGUCGUGACUAGGUCAUCCACUCUCGUCGCUCCCCCCACUUCAGUCCACGGACCAUCUUGGGAGCCUUCCAUGACCUCUCCCCAUCCGAGCUUCACCGAUACGGAGAUAUUUUCGAAGAAAGAACUCCCUGGAAGAACAAUGGACUUCACGUAUGAUGUGACAAAAACACCGGUCAUCGGGAAGAGAUGGUUAAGAAGACAGAUUGAGGAUGAGAAGACAUCAGGAUCACCAAGACGUUCCCUGUCGCUGUCACCAGCAGACAGUAAUGCAAUUUCGGGAUGGAAGAGACCCUGGAUGUCUCAGGGACGAGUGAGAGAAUGUCUGGUGAAUCUUCUACGACCAUUCGGCCAACCAGUGGGUCUCCCCAAGAGUCCAUCUGACGAACAGAUUAGCUCAAUGACACUAUGUAGCAAGGUAAUAUUCAGUCAGAGUUCGGACCUCAUGGAGAGGCAAUCUUCAAUGGCAUCAUCAACCGAAGAAGUGUCGGGAGCAAAUAACGAUCUAAGUGGUGGAUCCCGUCGCGAUGAAGAGCAGUUCGGCGUCUUCAAGGACUUUGACUUCCUCGAGUACGAGAGCGAGAGUGUUGAGGGGGAGAGUACCGACAAUUUCAACUGGGGUGUGCGCAGACGUCCCCUCAGCGAGGGUGAAGAACGAGAGCCGAGUCUUCGUCAGUUUGAGGAAAGUCUCUCUGAGAAGACUGCCUCAUCCAGCAAACACACAUCUCGACGCGGUGGUGUAGCUGAGGAAUCAUCAGAUGACGAGGUGGGUUCAGAGUCACCCCUGGACGAGGUACCCUCUGGCUCUGGGACAGGACAGGAGCCAACGGUCCCCGGAAUUUUCCCACCCUCCUCAUUAUCCCUCAUCCCCAGUCGUUCUCGUCACGACUCUUCCACAAGAUCAGACACAUCUGGCUCGAGUGCAGGAGAUCUUGGCGAUGUAACUCCUUGCAAUGCCUCGCCAAAUUUAUCAGCCCUAAUGCCAUUCGGCCGUCAAAUUGUGCGCGAUGACGCCGAGGAAAUAUGGCGUCAACAGAUUCAACACCUGAUCUCACAGGUCCCCUACAAUAUUCUCGACUUUUUUCACCUUCUGAGCAAAAUAUUGAGAGACGUCUGCAGUAAGUCUGUUGGUCUGUCUCGAGAAGCUAGUGCCCUGCUGACCAAUGGUAGCACAGCUGCUUCACAAUUGGCCUCUCAUCUGUCCACACAUGCUGAACUACUCAGUUCUAAAGCUGAGCCACCACUAGUCUGGUUUUCCACUACUGUUUUCUCUCAUCAAAGACUUCACGAAACCCUUCGAUUUGGAAUGCUCGAGAUUCAGGAGCAUUUGGAGACAUUUUUGGAUAAGAAGGAUCAUGCCACUGAGUGUCUAGAAGCUGUAAAAGCAACGAAUAAACUCCAGGUCCUGGGGGAGGUGCAGCCUGACAGUGUACCUGAGGAUAUGCUCCUUGGACUGGGUCGAUCAUUUUACAAACUUCAUUUUCAACUGUUGCUCCUCAUCGAGGCGGCCAAUAAGAUGCUCUUCGCUCUGAUAAAAGCCUCGAAGAAUGUACCUGUACAGCUGUACGAUAUGUCCCCUGAAAUCGUGAUGAUGAAGACUGCUUUAUGUAGAGCAUUGGAGGAGAGUACUGAGAGUGAACGAGGCACACCCACUCCAACGCCGUCCCCAAGUCCACUACCUGUUGCUGGAUCUAUUGAAGAGGUGAUUAGAGUGGCUGAGUUGUUGAGAUCUGCUCGUUGGUCUGCAGCACUUGAAGCAGUCAGACUACAUCGAGCCCAAUGGCCAGGCGAUCCAUUUCACGAUGAUGAUGAUGUGACAACAGGUGUCAAUAUGUACUGCAAAUAUCUUGGACAAGAUCGUACUGAUUUGUUUGUAGUGACAAAAGGGGACACUGAGACGAUGGAGAUUUUUGACAGGCUCAUGGAGAGCCUCUUUCAAGUGUUGUCAGCAGUCACUGGACUCGAGGCUGCGGUUAAAGCUGUACGAGCCCAAGCCACAAGUUCAAAAGCUGAUUGUUAGAUGAUUUGUGAUGAUUGAUCAUGUUUUUAAUUAUUGUUUAUAGAUACUGAAUACCAAUCAAAUAUUACGUCACGAGAAGAAUGGGCAGCUGCGUGAAAAGAGGGGGUUGUUGCUCAGAUGGUGAUGUCAUAUCGUUUUUUGUAUCAUUUUUAUCGACGAAAGGGCAAAGCUCAUGUUUUUUUGCAGGAAGUAAGGGUUUCACCAAUUUUUUUAUUAUCCAAAGAUUUGUAAAGAACAAUUUCAGAAUAGUGUGAUGACGACAGUCUAAUAAGUUACAUCGGACACUGGUUCAAAUCAAUAGUGAAGGGGUGAGGCAUAGAAUUAUUUCAUUAACUUAAUACAAUGGACGAGCCAUUUGGUCGCGAAGAAUUAAUAAUUGUAGCUAAAAACGCAAUUCUUAAAGUUCAUAUAAACAGGGAGUUUGCAUCCCCUUGACCCGUUUCACCGCUCCGCUAUUGAAUUUUUGUUAAUCCUUGGCUUUCUUUUUCUUAUUCUUGAUCUCUUUGACGUAAUAGACAAGAGGGGUCCAGAGUUAUGACUGAGGGAAAAGGAGAAGUGAAUGUAAAGAGAUAAAACGUCCGACGUAAUAUUUGAAAGGUCCCACAAUAGGAAUAGAGCAUUUACAAGUCUUUCAUUUUUAUUCACCAAGAGUAUAUCAUGGCAAAAAUCGUAUCGUUGUUGAGACUCUGGUUCUGACUAUAAUCACAGGACUGAUUAGGUAGAUUUUUGAUUAAAGAAUUUAUGAUGAAUCAAAUGACUUUUAGUGUAAGCGUAAUCAACGUCAAUUAUUAUUCAAUGAACAUAAUAAAUGUUGAUGUGGAA